UAAGCUUCGGCUCAGUAGUGUGUUACUUAGUGGAUGGUAUAGUCAGGUAUUACCUAGUGCCAGAAGUGUACAGAAAUUAUGCAAAACUCGGUGCUUUUUUUGCUAUCGCUUAUAGCGACUGGAUUCUUAAUUAACGGAUACAAUGGUUACAAGAUUCUUGGAGUUUUUCCUACUAUGGCCAAGUCCCACUUUAUAGUUGGGUCGGCACUCAUGAAAGGGCUUGCUGAGAAGGGUCAUGAUGUUUCUGUCAUAUCGCCAUUCCCGCUUAAAAAACCACUGAAAAACUACCGUGAUAUCCCAACAACUACGAUUGUGGAGGUUACUAAAGAUUUGAUGAACAGUGUCUUAGACAGUCGCAAGAAGAGUACUUUGGAGUCAUUUACCAGCAUCUUCGAGAUGGGUGAAAUGAUCACAAACGUAACUUUACAAGAAAGGACUAUCCAAGAUCUCUUGAAGUCCAAUGAGAAGUUCGAUAUAGUGAUCAUGGAAGUUUUUAUGAACGAGGCAAUGCUUGGCUUAGCGAAUCAUCUCAAGGCUCCUGUGAUUGGAGUGUCAACGUUUGGAGCAUCAUUAUGGGUUUGCGAAAUGGUUGGAUCGCCUUCACCAAUAUCUUAUGUGCCGAGCCCUUUCUCCAACCUCCCUGAUAAUAUGGACUUCAUGCAACGACUUACAAAUCUUGCGAUGGUUACGGUGGAGCGUUUAAUCUACGACUAUUACCACAUUCCCAAACAGGUAGCGCUGUAUAAAAAGUACUUCCCUAAUGCAAAGCCAUCUCUGCCUGAUCUCAUCCGGAAUGUUUCCUUGGUGCUUCUAAACACCCACUUUUCAUUGAGUUAUCCCCGACCGUACGCAAUUAAUAUGGUGGAAGUGGGUGGAAUGCAUUUGAAUCGUGUGAAGAAGCCUCUCCCGGCUGAUCUCCAAGAGUUUCUCGAUUCAGCCAAAGAAGGGGCAAUCUACUUUUCGAUGGGAUCUAACAUUAAAGGCAAGACCCUGGAUAUGGACAAAGUUAAAGCAAUUAUCGGCGUUUUCAGAUCGCUGAAACAGAAGGUGCUAUGGAAAUGGGAAGAUGACGUUCUUCCUUCGAAAACAUCAAAUAUCAAGAUCAGUCCAUGGUUCCCGCAGGACGACGUCCUGGCACAUCCGAAUGUUAAGCUCUUCAUAACACAUGGUGGCCUGCUGAGCACCACUGAAGCUAUCUAUCAUGGAGUUCCGAUUGUGGCGAUACCCAUUUUCGGUGAUCAACCUUUGAACGCAGCACGGGCUGAGAAAGCAGGCUUCGCUCGUGUGUUGUCCUACGACGGACUCACUGAGGAUUUGCUUCGAGAGGCGGUACUUGAUAUUCUAAAUAAUAACAAAUAUGAAAGAAACGUGAAAAAGAUAUCAAAUCUGUACCGUGAUCAGCCGACGAAUCCUCUGGACAAGGCAAUAUAUUGGGUGGAGUAUGUGGCACGGCAUAAAGGCGCUGUUCACAUGCAUUCAGCUGGUCAGGAGUUGAAUUUCAUCCAGUAUCACAAUCUAGAUCUAUUUGCAACUAUUAUAAUUGUUCUAGUAAUAUUUUUGUAUCUUUCUAAAAAAGUAUUUCGAUUAGUGUGUAAGUCUAGAACUCAAAUGACUACUCCAGUGAAAAGUAGGAAGGAAAAAUCUCAUUAUUACUAUAAACUAUUCAUUUGUAUUAAAAUAAAAGUGUUUAAAUACUUAAAGUGCCAGAAGUGUACAGAAACUAUGCGAAACUCGGUGCUUUUUUUACUAUCGCUGAUAGCGACUGGAUUCUUAAUUAACGGAAACAAUGGUUACAAGAUUCUUGGAAUUUUCCCAUCUAUGGCCAAGUCCCACUUUAUCGUUGGGUCGGCACUCAUGAAAGGGCUUGCUGAGAAGGGUCAUGAUGUUUCCGUCAUAUCGCCAUUCCCGCUUAAAACGCCAUUGAAAAACUACCGUGAUAUCCCAACAACUACUAUCUUGGAGACCACUAAAGGUAUGAUGAACACUGUUUUAGACAUGCGCAAGAUGAGUACUUUGGAGUCAUUUACCAGCAUCUUCGAGAUGGGAGAAAUGAUCACAAAUGUAACCUUACAAGAAAGGAUUAUCCAAGAUCUGAUGAAAUCCAAUGAGAAGUUCGAUGUAGUGAUCGUGGAAGUUUUUAUGAACGAAGCGUUGCUUGGCUUAGCGAAUCAUCUUAAGGCUCCUGUGAUUGGAGUGUCAACGUUUGGGGCAUCAUUAUGGGUUUGUGAAAUGGUUGGAUCGCCUUCACCAAUAUCUUAUGUGCCGAGUCCGUUCUCUAACCUCCCUGAUAAUAUGGACUUCAUGCAACGACUUACAAAUCUUGCGAUGGUUACUGUGGAGCGUUUAAUCUACGACUAUUACCACAUUCCCAAACAGGUAGCACUGUAUAAAAAGUACUUCCCUAAUGCAAAGCCAUCUCUGCCUGAUCUCAUCCGGAAUGUUUCGUUGGUGCUUCUAAACACUCAUUUUUCAUUGAGUUAUCCCCGACCGUAUGCAAUCAAUAUGGUGGAAGUGGGUGGAAUGCAUUUGAAUCGUGUGAAGAAGCCUCUCCCGGCUGAUCUCCAAGAGUUUCUCGAUUCAGCCAAAGAAGGGGCAAUCUACUUUUCUAUGGGAUCUAACAUUAAAGGCAAGACCCUGGAUAUGGACAAAGUUAAAGCAAUUAUCGGCGUUUUCAGAUCGCUGAAACAGAAGGUGCUAUGGAAAUGGGAAGAUGACGUUCUUCCUUCGAAAACAUCAAAUAUCAAGAUCAGUCCAUGGUUCCCGCAGGACGACAUCCUGGCACAUCCGAAUGUUAAGCUCUUCAUAACACAUGGUGGCCUGCUGAGCACCACUGAAGCUAUCUAUCAUGGAGUACCGAUUGUGGCGAUACCCAUUUUCGGUGAUCAGCCCUUGAACGCAGCACGGGCUGAGAAAGCAGGCUUCGCUCGUGUGUUGUCCUACGACGGACUCACUGAGGAUUUGCUUCGAGAGGCGGUACUUGAUAUUCUAAAUAAUAACAAAUAUGAAAGAAACGUGAAAAAGAUAUCAAAUCUGUACCGUGAUCAGCCGACGAAUCCUCUGGACAAGGCAAUAUAUUGGGUGGAGUAUGUGGCACGGCAUAAAGGCGCUGUUCACAUGCAUUCAGCUGGUCAGGAGUUGAAUUUCAUCCAGUAUCACAAUCUAGAUCUAUUUGCAACUAUUAUAAUUGUUCUAGUAAUAUUUUUGUAUCUUUCUAAAAAAGUAUUUCGAUUAGUGUGUAAGUCUAGAACUCAAGUGACUACUCCAGUGAAAAGUAGGAAGGAAAAAUCUCAUUAGCCGACAGGUGUUGAUACAAGUGUUAAUUCCUCCAAAGACUUGAAGAAAAUAAAGUAAUUUU